AUGGCUGGUCCUUCUCCAGUUGAUAGUUUCUAUGCGACUUUUCCGAGACUUAAAUCUGUUCUUUAUCGGAGUACGUCGAUAUUAGCUUUCAUUCUUUUCUUCCUCACAUAUCAAAUGGCCAUUUUGGAAUUCUUAAUCGACGAACAAGAGAAGGGUGUCUGUAUUUCAGCAAAGAACUGUCUGGUAUAUACAAGCGUUGAUGUUCAGCCGCUGAACAAUUCGAGUCUACCGACAAACUCUACCGAGACUAGUACUGACCCUGUGGAGAAAGUCAUACUUAUCCUGGUUACAACACAUACAGUCUGCAUGUUGUUGGGAACUUUGAUCCUAGGACUUGCAGCAGAUGCCAGUGGUAGACUGAAGACUCUCCUUGCUUCUGUUUUUGUGAUUUUUAUAGCAGGGAUAGCAAGUUCUCUUGCUUUUCAUUUUCUUUGGAUAUUUAUUUUCCUGCGAGGUGUGAUUGGAUUUGCAGCAGCUGGCGCCAUUCAAAUCACGUUGAUUCUGGUGGCUGAAUACGUCAGUUCGACUCAUCGACCAACCUUACUGUCAUUGUUUUGGAUUACCACAACUCUGGCCUACAUGUCAGCAGCUGGGCUCGCCUAUGCGCUGCAAAAUAUCCAAAUGUUCAUUCUUGGAAUGACGCUUCCAUUACUACUGACCGUUCUUCUGUGGAAGUUCGCUCCGGAGUCUCCCCGUUGGUUUCUACUCAAUUCCUCCUCCGAUGAAGAAAUAAACGAGGCGCAUGUGCUGUUGGAGCGGGCAGUUGACGAACGUCAAAGGAAAACCUCAAAAUUUAGAGACUGUUUAUCGAUGUGGAGAAAAUUUUAUACCCCACCAAACGUGGAGUCGAACAACCGAUGCUUUGCUUUUCUACGACGCAAGGAUCCUCGAAGAAAAACAAUUGUGUUGGCGUUUGCAUGGUUUUCCUUGGGAAUAUUGUACCGUGGACUGAACAUAAGUUCUAUACAGCUUCUUCCGAAUUUCUAUGCGAACUAUGCAGUGCGAGAAAUUGUCCACCUGCUUGGAGUUGCUUUAUUCUUCUUUAUGGUCACAAGGAUCGGUCGACGUGCAUGCACGGUUCUUUCCAUGAUGUUCGCCGGUGUUUUCUGUUUGCUGUUCUCUCUCGCUUCUCGUGAAUUUUUGAAAGCAGAGCGUCAUGCAGUCACGUUAGUGAUUCAGUUAACAGGCCGUGUAUGUAUGAUGGCUUCCCAGGCUUCGCUCAAUUUAUAUUCCAUUGAAUUGUUCCCGACAGUAGGCAGAUGCUCGGCCGUUUGCUUGGUAUUUAGUUUUGCCUACUUGGGCGAAGCGCUGGCUCCUCUGAUCAUGAAGCUCCAAUUGCAGACUCAAGCCGUAGUGCCGCUCGGUGUGAUGGGACUCCUCUCUCUGACAACUGGUUUUUUAUGUCAAUUUUUUCUUCCAAAAACCAAAGGCAGGGAAAUUGAGACCUUCGAAGAUAGCACGGAAAUUGAUGGUUUAAAAGAGAGGAGUCCAAAAUUUUAUCGAAGAAGAACGACGAAUCGAAGAUCACAGCAAGUUGAAAUGACGGAAAGUACUGAAAACACAGUCAAUGAUGCGAGAUGCGACGAAGACGCGAAACUUCGUCAAAGUUGGGAGGUAUCGUUUGAUCGCGUGUCUCAAACCUCACAUUGGGAGAUGCUGAGUUACGAAGACGCAAAAAGGAAAACUCUAAGCAUCUCUACAGAUCAAAGCUUUGCAGAAGAAUCCCAUAUACUGUCUGAGGAAGAUAUCGACAAGCUGGCCCUUAAUCUCCAAUCAACAACGUGGAUCUUGGCCUAUAGCACAUUUCAACAUGGUAUGAGUCUUAAUACAUUAUAUCACCGGGUCAGAGAAGUUGAAACUCCUGUUCUUCUUGUGGUCGAGGAUAGUAAUGGAUUUGUGUUUGGUGUGUUUUCUCCAGUGGCACCCAGGAUUGGUCCUGACAAAUUCUUUGGCGUUGGGAAAUCAUUUUUCUUCACUUGUAAACCGAAAUACGAGAUCUAUCCAUGCAGUGGAAAGAAUAAUUAUUACAUGACAGGAGACAACACAAACCUUGCAUUUGGAUGUAGCGAGGGGAAAUUUGGCUUGUGGCUGGACAGUGAACUUUACCAUGGUAGAAGCACUGCGUGUGAUACUUACAACAGUGAAAUGCUAUCCGCGACAGAGGACUUCAUUUGUAUCGGAGUGGAAGUCUGGGCAUUUGGUUAGGUAUGGUGUGACCAACGCGCCUGCCUCGCCACCGUGUCACGCACAUCGACCGUUUUAGCUACCAUCUCAUCAGAAAUAUAACAAUCACAAUCCCUACACAUCAGAGAGAUACCUUUGGAUGGAUCUUUGAAUUGAUUUGAUCACGCUUUAACAAAAACCAUUUAUUGACCUGCACAACAUAUGGAAAGAAUGUCAGUUUACUUAUAUACGUGUGUUUUCUAAUUAACUACGAAAUAACGCCAAAUGGUAAAGCCAUGAAGCAACUGUCAUUCAAUUAAUAUAGAUGAAGAAAUUAGUAAAUAAAAAAUGUUAUUAUCGCGA